UUCUUGUCGACUUCCGAUGCGGGAAACAGCAGAUUUCAGUCGGACAACUUCCAACAUAUAUAAACUAUAUACGGUCGAAACGUAUUCCAGAUAGUUAUAAGAAGCAUGGGUAAAAGGGAACAAAGCAAAUUAGAACUACAGUUCUCUGAUAUAUCUCACAGAAUAUUAUUUUUUAUAUUCCUUAGGCAUUGGAAGUUAAAAAAUCAAUUAGAGUUGAUUCAGAAAGCAUUGUAUUAUUUUAAGUACAGUAGUGAAAAAUUGUUUAAUUCUAUCGACUCAGGCCUCUGGGAAUGUCACUUUAGGAUUCUUGGAGUCAACAUAGGUGUUGGUACUGGUCAGGGUCACAAAGAGGCUGAAAAUUUAGCUUGUGAUGACGCAUAUCAUAAACUAGUUAAACCCUACUGCAGAAUUGUACAGGCAGAAGGGAAUGUACUCAACUUGGAAACCUCCAAUACACCGUUCCUUGAAAUAUUGAAUCCUAUUAAUGCUAUGGAAGAGUUUUUAUGUGAGAAAGAUAGUCAUGAAGACAACCUUAAAGGUUUAGGUAACAAACGAAGAACAGAAAGGGACUUGUCAAAGUUUAUCAUUGUCAGGUAUAUUGGUGCUAGUCACUCAGAGGCAGCACCAAUGUCCAUACUUCAUGCUAGUUCAACAUACAGUGGUAUGGUGUUUCAAAUGGACUUUGCUUUUGAAAAUGGUGAGUUCACAUGUACUGUAGCUGUGGAAGGUCAUAAAACAGCAACAGUAUCAUCUGACCAGAAAGGAAAGGUAAAGACAUUGGCUGCAGAGAAAUCACUUGACUAUCUUUCAAAGAUAUGUUGGACUUUAAUAGUAAACAGACACAAAGGAAAAAAUUCAGAAAAUAUGACUAGAGAAAUAGUGGAAUUAGAGAUAGAAAAACUUGAAAAGCUAAAAAGAGAAAAUUUUGAUCAGUCAGGGCAAAUACAACAGAAGAAAAUGACAUUCAUGAACAGAAAGAAUUUAGCAAUUCAACCUCCAGGAUUCAAAAUCCAUUUUGAGGAGGCUGUUCAAAAGGCUUUAAAUGAACAUAUGAUAAGCAAAAGCGAUAUAGCAUUCUAUGAUUUUGAGCGUUAUGAGAUGAAGAGGAUUAGAAAGAUUACAAAAGUAUAUUAUAAUGUUUUAGUUAAUGAGAUAAUAAUAGACAACAAGAAUUGUUUGGUUGUAAGUCAAGUAGUCCUUGGAGAGGACAGCAGGAUGAAAGGUAUUGGAAUUUCUGGAAAUUAUUUUCUAGAGUAUCCAAAAAUAGGUCCUGUACACCAAUUGCAAGGAAAAAGUAUGCAAAAUAAUGGCCAAGUAGGUUUGAAGACAGAGUCCAAUCAUAUUAAAAAGGAAGAUACAAAGGAAAUUAGGACUAGUGCUUGUUCUGUUAACCAAGGUACAAUUAAACAAGAGAAUUCAUUGUAUGAUAAAUCAGCUUGUCAAAGUACAAUCAGUUUAGGACAGGUUAAUCAGGCUACUGUCAAAGAAGAGCAACACACAAAGACAGAGAAACAAUCUAAUUAUGAUGAGGAUGAAGAUUUAAGUAACUUGUCUACUGAUUUUCAAGAAAACAAUGGAUUGAAGAGACCAUCAACAACUAACUAUCAAGAUGAUUAUGAUAUAUCUUUUCCCAAAAAGCUACGAACUUCAGACAAUGAAUCUGAUAAAGUCAAGACUCAAGAAGAUAUUUAUUCUGACUCAAACUACAAUACCAUUCCUAAAAACAUACAAAAGUCACAAGGUAAAGGCCCCUAUGAUUCUAUAGGCUACCAGCAGAGACUGUAUCACAACUUGCAACCGCCACUUCCACCAUAUUUCAAUAGACCACCAUUACAAGGUCACCAUGGACCGUCACCACAGGGUUAUAAUACACCGUACCCACCACACCAGUUAAGACCUCAGUUUAAAGAUUAUUCUGUUGAUGAUUUUCAUACUUCUCAAGGAAACUGGUUCUGAUGUUGUUUAUUCCAUAAUCGUCAGUUAAAGGAACAGUUGAUGUGUUGAAUACCUUGAUAUUUACCAAGGAAGCUUUACAAUAAAAAGUAAAACUAUGACCAUUAUCACAUUAACAUGCCAUGAUGGGCCAUUACUAUUAGCUGUUACUUUGACCACCCUAUGCAUUUCUGCUCAUCAGUGUAGUGACAGUCUUUAUAUGGACCUUACUGCUUCUGUUUUGUAGGACAUCUAUAGAACAAAUCAAUGACUUCUUUAUGUAUGCAACAAGUUAAAUAUACAAUACUAAAAAUAGAGUCAAGCAAUUGUGAAGAACACUAUUAGAGACUUAAAAAACUUAACACAAAAUCUGUAAGAUGUAAAUAAAAACAACCCCUGGUAUGUGUCUUGACUUUGUUAAACCACAUGAUCAUGUUGCAGAGAUGAACUUUAUUUUAGGCAGAAAAAUGCCUUUGUUAGAACUAGAUGAGCUUAAACUUGACUUGUUCAUAUAUAA